AUGCCAAAUGUCCGGGCCGUCAUGGACGGUGCUCUUGUGAUGUGCCUAACACAACAUCACCACUACCAUGAGCCUAAACCCAAAGGGUGCGACACAAGCAGCUAUAACGCCUUGGUUUCCAAAGGCUCGAUGUCUCUUAUGAAUAGGUCUCUCGAAGUUCCAAGGACCCUCACCAACACUCGAUACAUUCAGAUGAACACAUUGAAACAACUAACCAAAGGAAUUAAGGGUUCGAUAGCCCGCCAGAGCGUGAUACAGAGCCCGUCAACGACACCAGGCUUCAAGAGGCAUGGGCAUUUUCGACAUCUGCCCUUUGGCUCUUCGUACGAGGUUCCACUUGGCAGCUACGUGAAUGGCAACCUGGCAGCAACAUCGGUACCUGCCUACCACUAA